GUUGAUUUCAGGCCAGAGUUUGCACAACAUGGUGCAAACCUACCAGUCGCCAGUCAGGGUUUAUAAACACCCUUUUGAAUUAGUAAUGGCGGCAUAUGAGAAGCGUUUUCCAACAUGCCCACAAAUACCAAUAUUUGUUGGCUCUGAAGUAACUUACGAAUUCAACAGUGAAGACGGUGCCGAAUGGGUGAUUGAACGAAAAUGUCAGCUAAACGUAGACGCACCUUAUCUGGUCAGGAAGAUCGCCGGUGUAGAUUAUGUAUAUUUCACGCAAAAGAACUCUCUGGACCGGCGGAAACGAACACUGCUGAUCGAAGCAUCAAACAUCACUUUUUCUUCCCGAAUUCUUGUAAAGGAAAAUUGUCAUUAUUACGUCCAUCCUGACAACCCUAACUGGACAUGCUUUGAACAAAAUGCAGCUCUGGACGUUAAGUCAUUUUUCGGGUUCGAAGCAGCAGUGGAAAAGCUGGCCGUAAAACAGUAUGCAGCUAAUCUGGCCAAGGGCAAAGAGAUCCUCGAAUUUUUCAUCGAUGAGCUUAUCAAAAGUGGUGUGACAUAUAUACCUCAAUUCGAAGACAAAGAUACGGGAUCGACGACCGAUUCGGCUAUCGAUGUGUCGAAGGAACAAGCGGAUGAGGAAACGCAUGUUGUGAUGCGACGCGAGUCCAAAGUACGUCCAGAUAUCCAGGCGAUGAAGAGCUCUACCAGUUUUGAGGAUCCUGAAUCGAAGCUUGAAGCUGAGUACAUUCGACGAUUCUUGGGACAACUCAGUCCGCUGGAAGAGUCCCGCCUCUGCGAACUUAAGUACGGUCUGCAAGCACACCACAAGGGCAAACUACCGAAUGAUGCGCAUUUACUACGAUUUUUGCGCGCAAGAGAUUUUGACGUCGCCAAGGCGAAAGACAUGGUCUAUAACAGCAUCAUAUGGAGAAAACAGCACAGUGUGGAUCGAAUUCUACAGGAGUGGAGUCCACCGCCAGUCAUGACGCAGUUUUUCCCUGGAUGUUGGCACCAUUGUGAUAAGGAGGGACGACCGUUGUAUCUGUUGCGGCUUGGAAAUUUGGACACGAAAGGUCUUCUGCGAUCAUGUGGUUUGGAGAAUAUCGUCAAGUUGACGCUGUCUGUUUGCGAAGAGGGUCUGAUAAAGACGGCUGAAGCGACUAAGCAGAUUGGAGCACCGAUAAGCACAUGGAGUCUUCUUGUCGAUUUGGAAGGAUUGAGCAUGAGACAUUUGUGGCGACCUGGAGUUCAGUCAUUAUUGCGGAUUAUCGAAAUCGUCGAGGCUCAUUACCCAGAAACCAUGGGACAAGUGCUGAUAGUGCGGGCACCUCGUGUCUUUCCAGUUCUGUGGACACUAAUCUCACCAUUUAUUGAUGACAACACUAGGAACAAGUUUAUGAUAAACGGUGGCGACUUAGUAAAGGGAGAAAUAAGUAAAUAUAUUGACGAGCAGUAUAUUCCCGACUUCCUCGGUGGCACCUGCUUGCCAAACUGCCCUGCUGGAGGACAUAUACCAAAGUCUCAGUAUCGUCCUGUUGAAGGACUUACCUCAGAUGCGGAAGUUUUGAGUUCGAUGUAUACAACGGCUUCUGUUACUCGAGGGUAUCCGGUAGAGGCAAUUGUGUCAGUUUCCUCGCCUGGCUGUGUGCUCACUUGGGACUUUGACAUCUUGAAAAGCGAUUGCGAGUUUGUCGUUUACCAUACUCCGAAGGUACUCCAAGAACCCGUCCAAACACCACAUUCUCCCACCAUGCUGAACCCCGUUGAAAUGGUCACAGCAGCCAUCGCGAACAACCCGCUGCCCGUAAUUUCGUCGGAUACAUCGCUUACUCUUGGUCAAGAUCUAACUAUAGAGGAGAAGCCAGUUGUGUUUCAGGAAGGGGAUUCGAUGCAGGGAUCACAUUUUUGCUCACGAUCGGGUACAUACAUUCUCCAGUGGCGGGUACCGGAGGUUGGUGGACAACACAACACAACAUUCGACUUCAGUAUCAAUACUCACAAAUGCAAAUUGAUGUAUUAUCAUGAGCUGCUAGAUUCGGCCAACUUUAGGGGAUCCGUAGCUUCUUUGGAGUCGUGUCGCAGUUCCUUCAGUUCCAUCGCUCCACCGUCUCAUCCAGCGCUGUAUUGA